AUGGCCGCCCCAAACCUCCCCCAGGAUGGCCAGUCGGACUCCCAGCCGCCGACCGUCGCUGCCUUCUCGCCAUCCACCAUCACAGGCUCGGCCUUGACAUCGCGACAGCGCUCCAGUGUUAUCGUGCAUCGCAAAUCCCCACUGCUGGUAGCCACGCCGCCACCCAUCACCCGCGCUCUUGCCUACUCCCAUCCAUUCCUCCUACCCUUGAACAAACUUGUCGGCCUCCUCACAUGGACGAGUGGGGACCCGUGGCAGGGCUUUUUGCUCGUUGCUUGCUUUUGGACGGUAGUGCUGUAUAGCGAUGCCAUCAUUCUCUGGGCGGGGCCGAUCUUGGUCGUCCUCGGGUUGAUCCUAGGCAUGUACACGCGCCGCUACUCGCCCUUAUCCUCGACUGCGGCAACGGGUGAAAAACACCACAAACGUACGAACUCUUCGGAAAAUGGCACGCGCCACCACAAAAGCUUGGACGAGAUCGUCGAGACCUUGCGCACAUUUACCAUCAGGUGCAAUAUCCUGUUGGAGCCUCUACUCGACCUCACCGACUUCCUCUCCACCCAACGCACGGCGACGUCAGCGACUACAAAGCCGGCACUCACAGCUCUCUUCCUACGAAUCCUUCUCAUUACUCCGAUCUGGGUCAUACUGACUCUUCCGCCAUUCUACAUAAUCACCACCCGUCGCGUCGUCAUGACUGUCGGUACCCUCAUCCUCACCUAUCAUUCCCGGCCUGCGCGCGUAUCGCGCGUUAUUCUCUGGCGCUCGCGGGCUGUGCGGCGCAUCGUCGCUAUGCUCACAGGACUUUCCGUCGCAGACAGUCCGGACAAUUCCCAAAAAGCUCAGGCGCAGGGUCUAGGCCUCAACAUCGCGACUCGUCGACGGGGAGGCGCAGACGGAGUGCGAUUUACUUUCAUUGUGUACGAGAACCAGCGGCGCUGGCUGGGGAUUGGGUGGACAUAUUCCCUGUUCCCGGCGGAGCGUGCAGCCUGGACCGACGAGCAUCUGAACGCGGUCUCUCCGAAAGAUAAGUUUGAGUUACCGGAUGUUCCAACCGGAGACUCGAAAUGGCAAUGGGUGGAGGGCAGCGAGUGGCGCGUUGAGGGGAAAGAUGGUUCACCGAGCAGGAAAUCAGAUUCCAAGUCCCUCAGUGAGGGAUGGAUUUACUCUGAUAACAAGUGGAACGACGGCCGCCGCGGUCAAGACGGAUGGGACCGGUAUACAAGGCGGCGGAAGUGGUACCGCGACGCAGAACUUGUCGAAACCGGACUCGAAGAAAGCACCAACAACUCCGGGGAAACAGUUUCCAGCCUCACACAGGCGUUGGAACGCGAACCGAAAAAGGAUUCUCAGCAAACGGAAGCCGACCCCGAUGCCGAUGCGAAGAGCAUCGCCCCUUCGACCGCCUCCACGAAAUCUCGUCGACGGCGCUGGUUCGGGAGUACCAAGCAAGAUCGGGCCAGCAAUGGCGGCGAGUCCUCAUUUGACGUGGCUCGCACUACGGGAUCAAAUGUUGCUACUCCCGAGCACACUCCCUCACGACCAGUUAGUAUUCCGAAUUCUCGCAAGUCGUCCCAGCUUGGUGUCGGUGGAACGAGCUCUGGAAGCGGCAAAAACAGCAGUGUGGUAACGAGUGAUAGUGCUAGCAUACGAGAGAAGGAAAUGGCGAAGGUGCAGGACCAGCAUGAUCAGUGGGGGUCGCGUGCAGCAGGUGGCACGGAGAGAGCGGAGAGGGAGUGGGGGUUGAGCGAUGAUUUGAAUAUGGCAUUGAGCUGA